AUGGCUGGGACGCGAUCUGGACGUUCGGCAAACAGGAAAAGCACCCCCCUAUCCCCACCGAGACAGCACACAACAGAGCCUGCCCGAGAUGCUCGACGUUCGACAAGACGCAGAGCUGAGGAUGUUUGUACCUCGACAGAGAGGGCCCUACGAGGGGCGAGUGUGGGGAGCGAGGCGAGUGUGGUCAGUCGCACAACGCGCAAACAAAGAGCAGCCGCCGGGCCAGCAUUGAAGCUCUCACCUCUACACGAAGCACUGGAUGUUAACGGUUCAGACUCUACAUCUCAGAUCAGAAGGGCCGCGCAUCAGGAGGAGACUGCGGAUGAAGAAUCGGAUGGAACGAGCGCGUUUACUACAAAAUCUCACCACGAAGACAUGAUCUUUGGGCUAAAGGCGCUCUUCGUCGACUCGGAACAGAUAGUCGAUUUCCUGAACAAAAAAGAUUUCUCAGAUAUGCUUGUGGUGAGAAGCUUUCAGCAGCUCAAUUCGAGAGGAUCUGAGAAGCUGCGUAGGCUCUUGUCUAGGCUCAGAGAUAGUUGCGAGCCAUUUGGGAAAUGGGAACUCAAUGAUCCCGUUCCUUUUAAUUUGCAGGACAUCGUUCGCAAAAUACUCGGGGCCAGGUAUUGGCAGCAGGUUGGCAUUGGUCAAUGGCGGCCUGAUGCAAUUUUCCAAUUAGCGAACUUGGCGAACUUUGCGGCGGCUAUUCUAGGACCCAGUGCUACGAGCGGCCAGGAAUCUGGAGUCUUGAACACGAUGUUGGAACAGUUUCCCUAUCCCUUCACGUAUGGAUUCGAAGAGCCCAUUGAGGGCCCGUUGAGGAAAGGUUACAGCAGUCUUCUUGAGGAAACAUUCGUAGUUGGCUUAGAGAUUCGAACGCAGCUCGCCAUUGCGCUUUUUGUGGAGAGAGAGUCGAAACCAAAUUUCGAUCCUGAUGGUGUCCUCGACGAGGUCUUUUUCACUGAAGACGAUGAAAAAUCUAAACGAUUUCGGAGCUUCAAUGCUGAAGGGUUAUGCAUUCAAGAGAGAAUUCUACCCAAAAGGUUCGAACGUCCGGUUUCCCAAAGAAUACAAGCACUGCGAGAACAUUUUCCAGAUAACAUUGAAGGCAUGGUAAACAUCAGAUCGCUUAAAAUAUCAUUCCCUUGGGAGAAUUUUCUCAGCCAGACAAUGUCCUGGGUGCAGGCAAGAGCGGAUGAAUUGAUUCAGCAGAUAGAAAAUCAAGGCGGCGUCAAUAAAAUUCAACAAAGUCUUCAGGAAAAGGCCAAUAGUGCGCGAAACCUAAGGCUGCACGAUGUUGCAGAGGACUGGCAGAGAGCACUGCCCGGCGCUAACAAAGCAGUCGCAAGUUUACAAAACGUGCCGCCGGUUUCGCGACCAGCACUCCCUCUUGAUAAUUCGAAGCCGGUAAAGCCCAUCAGAAAAUCCUUGAGAGAGGAGGCUCAUCGAUUCAAAGAGCUGAAGGCGCUUGUAGCGCAAGAAUCGGCAGCUGCAGAGGGUGUGGCAACUGCGACAGCGCUCGUGGAAGAAGAGCUCGAAGGAAGCCCUUCUUUGGGAGCUAAUUUCGAAGAUGCGCCUGUUUCUACUGCGAGGGAGCUACUCCUUGAUCAAAACAUCGACCUAAGUCUCACCAAGGAAAUUUUCACGUCAGACGAAAUGAAGAGGAGAGAAAGUAACAAGGAAAACAUUGACAUCAGAUCACGUCCAAAGACCUUCGUCGAUCGCCAGGAAAAUGCCCAGAAAGUUCCUUGGGGCGACGAGAGUCAAGAAACGUUCUCAAGUACUCCAACGAACAGGGCUACAUCACGAAAACGCCCACGCACGCAAACUCAGGAUGCUGAUGACAAGGAAGACGACUUCGAGAACAGAUGGCCAGCUAAUCCCAAUAAACGUAGGAAAGAAAUACGCGACAAGACUGAUCAGCGGAAAACUAGCGGACGUGCUCCAACAAAGCGUAAUAGAUCCAAGAUUUCAGAAUCAGUGCUUUCAGUUGUAGGCACCGAAGACGACACAGAGUACGAGGCAGACAGAGACCAAGCCGCUACCGACCAGCAACUCGCCGACAUAGGCGAAGGUACUAGCCCUUUGCGGUCCUCCCACCGGCCCCCUCCAUCCCAUCAGCCUCCCCGACGUACCGCCCCUAGAUCAAGCAAUACCCACACCGACAGCCCGCCUGCCUCCUCCGCACCACCACCAAGCACAGCUCAGCAGCUCGAAUUCAUGCGAGCACGGGCACGAGAUCCUACCGUGGCCAUGAAACCACGCAAACUCCAAACGCGCACUCCCUACACUCCGGCAGAGGAAGCGCGUCUCAUCGAACUGAUCGAAGAAUAUGGCACCAGCUAUACGCUGAUCAAGCAAUUGGAUGAGCAGCAUGAGGAUGGGCCACUCCUGUUGGAGAAGAGCCAGGUACAGCUUAAGGACAAGGCACAGGAGUUAAAGUUUCAAUUUCUGAAGACGGGUGCGCCGUUACCGGCGAAUUUCGACACAAUACCACUCCGGAACAGGUUGAAGGAGCAGCUGGAGGCUUUGGGGGUGGUUGGUGGCUGA